CCUUUACAGUUGAUGUCCUAUCCCCUGAUAAUAAGUGACACAUGUCUUUGACAGUAGGAGAAAGAGAUGAAGGGAGAAGGUGAUAGGGAUGGAAAAAAGAAGGUGGUCAGUCAGUGUGUACGGGUUGCAAGAUCAGGAGUGUACCGGUCGUGGAAAUAAACGUGGAAAUAAACGUUCUGUUAAAUAUAUUAGAAAACCGAUUAAAGUGUGUUCUCGUUUUCAACCGAAGUGCCCCUCACAAUUUGGCGACGAGGUAAUCGGACCAUGAUGGAUGAUAGUCGUCCCGUUCCACAGUUUCGAUGUGAUGAAAUCGAAAAACACCGUUUGUAUAACGAGUGGAGACUUUGGAAAGGAGCACUCGAAUGCUAUUUUGAAGCGUACGAUAUUGUGGACCAACGAAAGAAGCGUGCAAAGCUGUUGCAUUUGGGUGGUCCACAACUUCAGCGAAUUUUUCAGAACCUUCCGGACCGUGAAAAUUUUCCUUUGGUAUCUCUGGAACGACAAUGGUAUGAUGUGGCCAUUAAUGCAUUAGAUGGUUUUUUCCAACCAUGUCGGCAAGAUUGCCUUGAACGACAUAAGCUCAAGCAGAUAAAGCAGAAAGAUGGAGAGCGAUUUGCCGAUUUUAUGCUUCGCUUGCGCCAGCAGGCAUCAGAUUGUGGAUUUGACAAAUACUCGAACGAGAUCAAGGAUGUUCUAACGGAAAUCUUUUUGACGGAUGCAGUAAUCGAAGGUUGUGCAUCAAUGGAGUUACAACGUCGGAUUUUGCAACAGGAUCGUUCUCUUACUGAAAUUGAGUCUCUAGGAGUAGCUUUGGAGAGUAUCGAAAGUCAAGUGAAAGACUUGAACGUGAAGCCAAAGGAAUUUUCCAGCAGUCAACAGGCUUUCAAAAUCACCACAUCUGAUAACAGUGACCGUCAUCGUAUGCAACCGGCUGCCCGUCGCGAUUUUAGGCGGCCCAAAUAUCAGCAAGACAGUUCGUUUAGGCCGAAAAUUUAUCGGUGUUAUAAUUGCGGCCGUCGUGAUCAUAUCUCUACUGACAGAAGAUGCCCGGCACGUAACGUCGUGUGCCAUGGAUGCAAAGUAAAUGGACAUUUCGAAGCAUGUUGCCGACUGCGGAACAUAAAGAAGAAGCCAUCGAAUGACCAGGGUCGCAUACGAGCAGUAGAAGAGGAGAAAACUUCUGAACCGUCUGUUCAGCAGAAUGUUGAAAAGACGUAUUAUGCGUUCUAUUCUGGUAAUGAUACCAAUGUUCUUUCAUGCGAAGUGGGUGGAGUAAGUUUGGAUCUACUGGUUGACUCGGGUUCCGAUGCCAACCUGAUUCCGGAUACAGUUUGGGAUAGUUUGAAGCGGGCUAAAGUCGUCGUUCGUCAAUGCACUAAGGGUAGCUCCCGAAUCCUAAAAGGCUACGCAAGCGAUUCGCCAUUGCCCAUCGUUGGUACGUUUAUUACGGACGUUAAGGUUGGAAAUAGAUCAGUUUCUGCAGAGUUUUAUGUCGUAAAAGGCGGUCAACGAUCUUUACUUGGAGACAGCACCUCUAAACAAUUAGGCAUUUUGAAAGUUGGGUUAGAUGCUUACCAAGUCUCGAGUGAAGUUAAGCCAUUUUCCAAGAUAAAGGACGUCCAGGUACAGAUUCACUUGGACCCAAAUGUGAAACCUGUAUUCCAGCCUAUCCGACGAGUUCCAAUACCCUUCGAAGACGCUGUAAAUCGCAAAUUGGAGCAAUUACUGCUCAAGGAUAUCAUCGAGAUAAAGGAAGGACCUGCUUCUUGGGUUUCUCCGCUGGUAGUCGUUGGAAAGAGCAAUGGCGAGCCAAGAAUCUGCUUAGAUCUUCGUCGUGUCAAUGUGGCGGUCCUACGUGAGAGGCAUCCGAUGCCUGUUGUGGAUGAAUACUUAGCCAGACUGGGCAAAGGGAGAUACUGGAGUAAGCUGGACAUCAAAGAUGCUUUCCUGCAAGUUGAACUGGCGCCGGAGUCACGGGACGUUACCGUAUUCAUCACGAACAAGGGACUGUUUAGGUUCAAAAGACUUCCUUUUGGUCUCGUUACUGCACCCGAGAUGUUCCAAAAGGUAAUGGACCAAAUAUUAGCGGGAUGCCAAGGAACUUCAUGGUAUCUAGAUGAUGUGAUGAUCGAAGGUGCCACACUAGAGGAACACGAUGAGCGGCUGAAAGAGGUACGUUAUCCAUAUUAA